UGUCAUAAUAAGAAAACUGUCUUGAAAUUAAACAGGCUUCCGAAAGUGUCAGUAUGUCUCAUCAGGCUGUUUAUAAUUUCGGCGACUGAGUUAAAAUAUGAGUGGUGCGGCUACAUCCAACACUAAAGGCAGAAAAAAGUACAAGUUGGUUAUUCUUGGUGAUGGAGGUGUCGGAAAAAGUGCUCUCGUGAUCCAGUUUGUGUGUCACAAGUUUCAAGAAUACCAUGAUCCAACGAUAGAGGAUGCGUAUGAACACCAGUGCAAGCUGGAUGGUGAAGCGGCUCAUUUGGACAUCCUUGACACUGCGGGCCAGGUCAGUGGUGCAUCUGGGCCGGAGUUCACUGCUAUGCGGGAACAGUACAUGCGGAAUGGUCAGGGCUUCGUCAUCUGCUACUCCAUUACUGACCGGCGGAGCUUUGAUGAGGUCAUGGCAUACAAGAAAUUAAUUGACCGUGUCCGAGUCCAAGAUAUUCCUAUUGUAAUCGCAGCCAACAAGUGCGAUUUAGAAGAAAGAAGAAAGAUUUCAGCGGAAGAUGGGACAGCACUGGCACGGUCACUGGGCUGUCCUUUCUACGAGACGUCGGCAGUUCUACGACAAUGUGUAGAUGACGUCUUUCAUGGGCUGGUUCGAGAAAUACGCCGCAAAGAGAGAGAAGCACACGAAGCAAUGGAAAAACAGAACCAGAAGAGAAACAGAUUGAAAAGAUUUCAGUCUUUCUUCGGAAAUAUGUUUAAAAGGACUCACCAUCAUUGAUGUUGUGAUAGAAGUCUGUACAGUGUUAGUGUAGGAAUGUCUUUGAGAGGACGCAAAAUCAUUAAUGUCAUGAUAGAAGUCUUUGUUUGUUAGGAUAUUAUUCUAAAAUGACUCAAAAUUAUUGAUGUUAUGAUAGAAGGUUUUUUAAAAUUAAUCUAAAAUGACUCAAAAUCACUGAUGUUAAAAUAGAAAUCUACUUGAAAAUGUCUUUAAAAGUCGUUGAUAUUAUUUAGAAAUAUGUUUGAAAGAAGUCAAAAUGUUUUAAAAGGUAUCAUCCAUAAUAUAAUAUAAGUGUGAAAAUGCCGUUGUAAUUGUUCAGAAAAAUUAAUAUCUGGACACUGUUUAUGAUGACCUGAAAUUUAUAUUAAGAUCAAAAUAUCUAGAAACAUGUUUAUAAGGACCUGAAAUGAAUAUUGUGAUCAAAACAUCUAGAAACAUGUUUAUAAGGACCCGAAAUGAAUAUUGUGAUCAAAAUAUCUAGAAACAUGUUUAUAAGGACCCGAAAUGAAUAUUGUGAUCAAAAUAUCUAGAAACAUGUUUAUAAGGACCCGAAAUGAAUAUUGUGAUCUAAACAUCUAGAAACAUGUUUAUAAGGACCCGAAAUGAAUAUUGUGAUCUAAACAUCUAGAAACAUGUUUAUAAGGACCCGAAAUGAAUAUUAUGAUCUAAACAUCUAGAAACAUGUUUAUAAAGACCUGAAAUGAAUAUUAUGAUCAAAAUCUUUAGAAACAUGUUUAUGAGAACCUGAAAUGAAUAUUGUGAUCAAAAUAUCUAGAAACAUGUUUAUAAGGACCUGAAAUGAUUGAAGUGUGAUUGGAAAUGUAUUUGAGGGAUUGUAAUAGAGACCUCUUCAUUUGUAAACUCCACGUUAGUGUUUUGUUUUGUCAAUAGCAAUUAUAAAAUACUUGCUGUCUGUGA